GAGUUGAAAAGACCGUACCCUUGUUAUUAUAUUUCUUUCUCUCUCUCCCUCCCUCUAUAGAACUCCAUAUUUGCAUUCCUUUUUUGGUAAAACAAAUUAAAUAUUGGAAGACUGGAUCAAAUCCAUUUUUGGAUAAUGGAGAAGAUGAAAGACAAUGAAAUCGAUUUAAGGCUUGCUCUUGGCGUUACACACCAACCCGUUGAGACGUUUACCGACAGAGAUGCAGGUGCAAAUGCAAACUCGAGGUCAAGAACAGAUGCCAUUUUGGGACACCGUCCCUUACCCGAGUUAGUUUGGUCUACACAGAACGGUUUAACCAUCAAGUGCGGUGGCUGCACCAGCUGUGUUGCUGGCAAGACGCCUUGUGCUUUGAGUGACGAAAAAUGUAUGUUUGAGGAGUCGGUUAAAUCCGCAGCUGGCCCAACAGUUGAAAAUGACGGUGAAGUGAAGUUUGUGCAUAAUAAGGGCAAAGGAAAGGAGUGUAUGAGCAUUCCAGGGACUGGAACCAGUGAAGGAAAUAAUGGAUUAACGCAAGACAAUAGAGAACCCGCGAGCGGUGGGCCCCAUUUUCUUGAAAAGGUUGAAGAAACAGCUGAAAACGAUGUGAAUGCUAAACAAACAGGUGGAGAUUCAUCAGGGGAGAGCAUGGAAAGCUGCAACAGUGCGUCGAAAAAGGUUAAGCGAAGGGGUUUCGAAAACCAGUUGAUCAGUACUAGUAAACGACUCAAGAAACAAAGUCAAGAAUGCGGUAUGGUCAAAAAACAAGACAGUUCUUUCAUGAACUGGAUUUCAAACAUGGUCAAACCUUGUCAACAAGAAAAGGUUCCUCAUCCGGUCGAGGAUCACAAAGCGUUAAACAAAGUUGUCAGCAAAAUAUUCGGAUUUCAGUCUGUUUUUCAGUCGCUGUAUUCGCCACGAGUUGAAGAAACAACAGCACAUAUAGAAAGCUCUAAGGAAAUAAUCUUGUUUAACAACCCAAAAGCGUUAUCAAAACGACCGUUAACUUCGUUAACUUCAAAUAACAACUCGGACGUCAAACCAACUGCUUCUGCUUCUACACCGAUGGCAGUGACGACUUGUUUCUUUUGUGGGAAAACAGGCCACGAAACACGCGAUUGUUUACACAUAAAUGAAAAUAAAAACGCGUUCCUCAAGAAGAAGGUGAAGGUAUCGAACGUAAACCAAACGGUUUCAACCUCUGGAAACAUGUUGUUGAAUCAAGACAAGAUCCUUAGAAUACCGAAAGAAAUGUUUGACACCAUAAGGAGGCUUAGAUUGUCUCGAACUGACAUCCUCAAAUGGAUGAAUUCGCGCUCAGCAGUCGCAAAUUUGGAGGGAUAUUUCUUACGAUUGCGGCUUUCAAAAUGGGAAAAGGGAGUAGGGGGAGCAGGGUAUUAUGUUGCUUGCAUAACUGAUGAAAACCCCUCAAAAGGGUUCAAGCAGCCUAUACGGGUCAACAUUGGUGGCGUGCAAUGCUUGGUUGAAUGCCGAUACAUCUCGAACUGUGAUUUUCUUGAGGAUGAACUCAUAGCUUGGUGGCGGACAACGUUGAAAAGUGGGCGGCCUCUAAUGGAAGAGGACUUGACCUCCAAGUUGGAGGAGAAGAAGAAACUGGGGCUUAGUUUUGCAUGAAACCAAGUGUAGACAAUUUUGAAGCAAUCACUAUCAGCCAAGAUUUAUGUAUGUGUGUAUGUAAGCUAUCUAAAAGCAAGUAGAGUGAGUUUCUCAGCUAAAGGUCUUGUUUAAAGUUUAAACAUUUACCUAUAUGUAUGUAUGUAUGUUUGUAAGUGUACAUUGUUGUUCAAUAGGAGGGGUUAACUGUAUGGAUAUAUUCUUGAUAACUAGUUUUUUUGGCGUCGCGCGUUGCGGCGAAAUCGAGCAAA